AUGCACAAUGUUUAUAAUAAUCAACUAGAAAAAUAUGAAGCUGGUGUUAAAGUGAAGACAUAGUACGAAUUAUCUUUCGCUCAUUUAAUGUAACAAUUUUUUUAAUUUGUUGGAGAAGACAUUGUUGAAUUUUUCAAAUGGCCGAUUAAAUAUGACAAUAGCAGAAGUGACUUUGAUACUAACUGGAGCAUCUUUAUUUGUAACAUUGAUUUUUGCCGUAUUUACUUUAUGGAAAAAUUUAAGAAAAAAAAAAGAAAAGGAGACAAAUGGUUAUUAUGAGCUAAUUAUUAAUGAUCUUAGCAAAAUUUCGUUUAAAAAAGUAAAACCUCAAAUACUGAUAAAACCUUAUAGAAAAAAAAAAUACCCUUGGCCAAAGCCGACUGAAAGGGAAGAUUGUGAUGCAAUGUUAUGCAAUGCACGCAAUGCUUCGGCUGCCAAAGCUUGGUCUGCAAAAAAUCGUCGGCUAGUGUUGCCAUCAUUUGAGUUACCAAAUCCAGGCUUAGCAUGCGAUUUUUGUCCCCAAACAUAUUCAGAAGUUUUUAGUUUAAAUAAUAAUUUACUUCGGAAAAACGAUUCACAAGGCAAUAAUGGGAAAUACAAUUUGACAGAUAGUUUACAGAGCAAUAGUGAUCAAUCAAGAUCAAACAUUUCCAACACGGGUGCACAUGAUCGUAACAGCGUAUACCUUCAUGAAAUUAAUAAAGAAAAUGCUAUUAAUCACAAGAUCAACCAAACUCAUUUGUUGGAAAGAAAAAAAAUUGGAACAAUAACAAUAAAAGCAAAACUACUGAGGAGUAGUAACAAUUUAGAAGUAUGGAUUUCAAGAGUAAUGUAUUUCAAUAACGAAAAGCAAAACAUGAAUUUUUUUGUUCUUUUAUGUAUAAUGCCAGAAAAUACACAACUACAAACUUCAAAGUGCGUAAAUGGUAGCAGUGAGUUCAACUUUAACGAGAAAUUUAUUUUUCACCAUAUAGAUGUCACACAACUAAAUAGAUGUAUUUUAGAAAUAAAGUUAAUAAAAUAUAACAAAAUAAAAAAAUUUCAAAACGAAGUUAUUGGAGAAGCAUUUAUACCAAGUACUGAUCUUAGCUAUUCAAUUGAAGAUUCAGAAAUAUAUUGUGAUCUUUUAAGUACUUUGAGUUCAAAGCUUCUCCGGGAACUAUAAACGUAUCUUUAUGUCAUCAAGCAACUUCAUCCAAGCUCAUUAUGAUAAUAAUUUAAGCAACAAACCUGUCAAAGUUUUUAAGUUAACUAAAACAAUUUGAUUAAUGUAAAUUUUAUUUAAAAAAAUUAAAAAUUGUAUUUCUCUUUAUUUAUUUCG